ACUACAAACCUCCCAGCUCCCAGCAGGCUAGAAACCUCCCAGCUCCCAGCAGACUACAAACCUCCCAGCUCCCAGCAGACUACAAACCUCCCAGCUCCCAGCAGCCUACAAACCUCCCAGCUCCCAGCAGACUACAAACCUCCCAGCUCCCAGCAGACUACAAACCUCCCAGCUCCCAGCAGACUAGAAACCUCCCAGCUCCCAGCAGACUACAAACCUCCCAGCUCCCAGCAGACUACAAACCUGCCAACUCCCAGCAGACUACAAACCUCCCAGCUCCCAGCAGACUAGAAACCUCCCAGCUCCCAGCAGACUACAAACCUCCCAGCUCCCAGCAGACUACAAACCUCCCAGCUCCCAGCAGCCUACAAACCUCCCAGCUCCCAGCAGACUACAAACCUCCCAGCUCCCAGCAGACUACAAACCUCCCAGCUCCCAGCAGCCUACAAACCUCCCAGCUCCCAGCAGACUACAAACCUCCCAGCUCCCAGCAGACUACAAACCUCCCAGCUCCCAGCAGACUACAAACCUCCCAGCUCCCAGCAGACUACAAACCUCCCAGCUCCCAGCAGACUACAAACCUCCCAGCUCCCAGCAGACUACAAACCUCCCAGCUCCAGCAGACUACAAACCUCCCAGCUCCCAGCAGCCUACAAACCUCCCAGCUCCCAGCAGACUACAAACCUCCCAACUCCCAGCAGACUACAAACCUCCCAGCAGACUACAAACCUCCCAACUCCCAGCAGACUACAAACCUCCCAGCUCCCAGCAGACUACAAACCUCCCAGCUCCCAGCAGACUACAAACCUCCCAACUCCCAGCAGAAUACAAACCUCCCAGCUCCCAGCAGACUACAAACCUCCCAGCUCCCAGCAGACUACAAACCUCCCAGCUCCCAGCAGACUACAAACCUCCCAGCUCCCAGCAGACUACAAACCUCCCAACUCCCAGCAGAUGAGAAACCUCCCAGCUCCCAGCAGGCGAGAAACCUCCCAGCUCCCAGCAGAUGA